AAUGCUGAUACUCUCUUGAAACAAACAGCACCAAAUGGAAGCUCAUUUCAUCCAACACUGAGGAUGAGCGCUGCACUGCUCACUCAAUACGGCGAGUCACUAGAGAAUAUACAGGUGGCGAAUGAUCUAAAGGUACAGAUGCCAGAGGGCCCACAGGUCCUGUUAAAGGUUCUUUCAUCAAGUUUGAACCCUCUGGACAAUGAGAUGCGCAAGGGCUAUGCAAGGAGCAUCGUAUCGCUGCGGCCUGAGCAACAGAUGCCCAUGAUCCUCGGCAGAGACUGUGUAGGCGAGGUUGUUCACGUCGGCAACGAUGUAUGGGACUAUCGUGUUGGCGACCGUGUGUGGGCGGCCAACGCGCCAUUCUCCAAUGGCACACAUGCCCAGUACGUAGUGAUGAAUGAGAGCGACAUUGCUAGGAGUCCCGCCAACCUGUCCGACACGCAGGCUGCCAGUGUCCCAUUCGCUGCACUCACAGCAUGGAAUGCGAUAUUCAACACUGCCAACAUCACCUCUGGUAUGCGAGUGUUGGUCAAUGGUGCCAAUGGAGGCGUCGGAUUCUUCUCAGUGAACCUACUCAAGAAACAUCUUGGAUGCAUCGUUGGCGCCACUUGCCAACGUCACAACUUUGACAAGAUACAAAAGGCUGGCGCCGACAUCCUGAUCGAUUACACCGACUCCACAUCAUCAUCUCUUCGUCCAGACGUUAACAACAAGUUUGAUGUUGUACUCAACUGCGUGGAUGGCGGUGCGGCAAUGCAAGAGAAGUGUAUUAGUUGGCUAAGACCGGGCGGUCACUACGUCUCAUUCAACGGACCAUUGGUGCGUGACAGCGACAAGGAGGGCGUGCUGAUCGGUCUGUCCAGGGGAGUGCUGGAUCAGAAUCUAAAACAGAAGGCGCAUGCGGACAGCAUCAAGACCAGCAACUCAUUGUUCGUACCAUCAAGCAGCACACUUCGAAGGAUUACCAAGAUGUUUGAGGACAACCUCUUGCAGACCAACGUUGGACAAGUCUUCCCAUUGGCCAACAUCAAAGAUGGAUACCAAUGCUACAUGGAUGGACGAUCAAAUGGCAAGAUAGUCUUUGAUCAUCGCUCU